ACGGGCUGGCUGGGCUCCUGGUGGCUGUCUGAGCGCUUCAGACGGUGGUGGGGGAGACGACCAUCAACAAUCAGCGUGUCCUCGAGUGCUCAGAGGAAAUCAAAACAAACAGAAUAACUGCAGAAAAGAAACGCAAACUGCCCCUCCUCGGCAUCUGGAAAAAGCACCGAAGAAGAAGGAGACGAACCUCCCCUUCAACCCCACACCCCAUCGCCAACCCGCCCAAUCUUACCCGACCCACCAGUUCGUGCCAUCCCUCUGGUCUGGACCGCCCUCCUACCCUGCCAGGAGAACCACGACCACCCAUAGGAAACCCCCACUUGACCAGCGUUGCCAUUAAGCGAUGCGCUCUGAAUCUGGAGAAACCACCUUUGCGUUUUUGAUGCACUACACAAUCUGUGGUCUUCGUUUUUCUUCAGCGGGAACACUUGAGGCUACGGAUCUGAGUGUUUAUACUUUUUGACGGGUUUCCAGAGCCAUGAUAACAAGCAGAAUAUAUCUUCACACGGCAACAGACUCGGCUGUCACUCCUUAGAUUAGUCUUUUUUUUUUUUUUUAAACAACCAGCUGUCACAUACGCUGUGUUUGAGCUUCUGUGUGAUUUUCCAUGCUUAGAAAUAUUCCUGACAAUGGUCUGGGAACGGACCGCCUCUUUAGACACCUAGAAAUAUUUUUUCAAGAAGCUUCAGCCCUGUGUUUUGUUUUUGUCAAAGAAAAAGCUACACAUUGACGAGGAGUCAUUGGACACAGACUCCGCUUGAGCCGUAUAGGACUUUGCGUGCGAAGUUUGCACCGGGAAAGAGGGGGGCCAAGUCGGAGAUAUCUCAUCCAUACACGGCAUUUUCCCGGUAAGGUGGGAGGUCGGCGGGUUGCGGUCAUGCUGUCCCUGGACGAGCCCCUGGACCUGAAGCUCCCUCGGCGGGCCAACGGGCGGGACAAGGGGGCGCGUUCGCCCCUGCUUUCUCCGCUGCACCCCAAGCGAGCUCGCCAGCUACGCAUGGCGGAUGAUGGCACGGCAGUCAUAGAGCCCGCCUCGCCAGCAUCUCCACGCACAGGUGUGCAGGUGGUCCCUCAUGACCGAACAGACACCCCCACCCCUCCUGCGGUGGACCUGAGCAUGUCUCCCUCCUCUCGCCACACCCCCAGCUCUCCAGAAAUGACAAACGGCAACUAUGUCUCCUCAGGGAAUUCUCACAUCUCACAGGCCUUUCAGUUUUUCGUGCCAAUCGGAGCAGGGGCAGGACUUCACCUGCCAUCCUCCAUGUUCAUUGGCCAGACAAGCGACAAGAGAGCCUCUCCUGACCUCUCAGCAGAUGAACAACUGGCCUGCCACUGGAAGAAGUGCCAUCUGCUUUUCGACUCCCUGCAAGACCUGGUGGAUCAUGUCAACGACUUCCAUGUGAAACCUGAAAAGGAUUCUGGGUACUGCUGUCAUUGGGAGGGCUGUGCUCGCAAAGGGAGGGGAUUCAAUGCUAGGUACAAGAUGCUCAUCCACAUCCGCACCCACACUAACGAGAAGCCUCACCGCUGUCCCACCUGCAACAAGAGCUUCUCACGCCUGGAGAACCUCAAGAUACACAACAGAUCACACACAGGUGAGAAGCCCUACAUUUGUCCUUAUGAGGGAUGCAACAAGCGGUACUCCAACUCCAGCGACCGCUUCAAGCACACACGCACGCACUACGUGGACAAGCCCUACUACUGCAAGAUGGUUGGCUGCCUGAAGCGCUACACAGACCCCAGCUCUCUCCGCAAGCACAUCAAGGCCCAUGGGCACUUUGUGGCUCAGGAGCAGGGCUCCCCAGGCGGGGUGGGCUCUCUGCUCAGAGGUAGCCAGAGUGGAGGGCUUGCCAGCGAUGUGGGGAAGGAAUCAGACCUGUCCUACGUCAGCGCAGCACACAUUAUCAUCCCAGGUGCGGCUCUCCUUGGAGGCCAUGCUCUGCAGGGUUUUGGUGGUGGCCUGCCAAUGUCCCCGAUAAGUCCUCGGCCCCUGGACCUUAGCACACUGGGCUGCCCCAGCUCACCUCAAGGCGGCCUGGGGGGCACAUCCAUCCUGUCCUUUAACGGCUCUCAUCUGGGCCUGGCCAAGUCCUCUCUGCUCUCCUCUGCAUUCCCCUCCUCUGCCCUCGGCCUGUCCAUGGUGCCAAUGCUGGGGGCCUCAUCUGAGCGCAGGGCCCAAGGUCAGCAAGGGAAGAAGGGCCGGGGUGAGGAGGCCAGGAACGAGGUGACUGGGGGGGUCCUGAACCUAUCCACAGGAGGAGCUCAUGAUCCCCUGUCCUGGGUGGUCAUCCCUCCAGGCACCGUGGUGCUCAAGCCAGCUGUGGUCAACUGAUUCACACACACACACACACACACACACACACACACACACACACACACACAC